ACUCUACUUUUUUAAUCAAUUGGUAUGAACAAGCAAGUUCGGGAUGAAAAUUAUAGAUUCAUUUCUUGGAAAUCAAAGUGUGAAAAUGUCUUACUGAAAAGCACAUGGAAAAGCGUUGAACAGAAGAUAAAUCUAGAAACAAUUAAUAUCAUAUAAUAAACUGUAACGAAUCACUAUAUUCGUGACAAUACUGGAGCUUCCAUUCACAUUGAUCUGAAUAAGGAAUCAAGCAAGAACUUGAUGGUUGGAAAAAUACAUAUACGUUGAUUGGAAUCCAAUCCAACUAUGGAGAAAUUCCAACAUCUGCGGAGAACCUGAGCAGGCCCAGAACACCCGUUUCUUUGGAAUACUAUCUAGCCACACAUUGUUUCCACAAGACCCUACCCAUUAGUAACUCAACCAUGGUUGAAUUUAUAUGAUAUAAAAUUGACUACAAGUAACGUUAUUCUAAUAUUAUAUGUUAUAUUAAUAAACAAAUGUGAACAAGGUUGGUUGAUUAAUUGAUGAUGCAUGCAUGUCCCACACUCACUUUAUAUAUGCCCAACUCACCUUUCUUCCACCACAUAUAUAAAAACCUGAAUCCUUUCUGCUUCUACACUCACUGUAUCAGUCUAGUUGAUUCAUAGUAAGAGUGUUGUGGAGUGGGUCAAAAGAAGAAAAAUAUGAGCUGCAAUGGUUGUCGUGUUCUCAGAAAGGGUUGCAGUGAGAACUGCAUGCUACGACAUUGCCUACAAUUGAUAGAGAACCCACAAGCCCAAGCUCACGCCACCCUCUUUGUGGCCAAGUUCUUUGGCCGUGCUGCUCUCAUGUCGUUCCUUUCCGCCGUACCUGCCAACCAAAGAUCCGCUUUGUUUCAGUCACUGCUUUAUGAAGCAGUGGGGCGUACUAUAAAUCCAGUGAAUGGAGCAGUGGGGUUGUUGUGGAGUGGGAACUGGCAGCUGUGCCAAAUGGGUGUGGAGAAAGUGCUCCGAGGUGGUGCUGCGUUCCUCAGUAGUGUAGAUGUGCACCAUCAACACCAUGUAACUGAGAGAGUGAUGAUUGCAGGUGGAACAUUGUGUCACCAGGCAAAGAAGCAACGUGUGGGGACAACCUCCCAGGAAUCUGAGACCUUUUAUAUGGGACGUAAACCACAGGAUUCUGCCCCUCAAAGUCAAAGGAACCUCCUUACACUAUUCUUCUGAUACCUUAAUUGUGUUUGUGGGGAUUAACAUGCUUUUAUCAAGCUUAUGUUAGUGGCAUAAUCAAAGAGAUAUCAUACCAUAACUAGAGAUCGAAAUCGGUUUUACCAUUUUAAGGAUAGGAGUUACUCUUAUCUUUUAGAUUAAUUAGCCCUUGAUUAUGGCUGUAAAUGAGUUGAGUAUUUGAAUGUUAUAACCAUGAACUGUGAAAAAUAUUAAUUACUUACAUUUGAGUUAUUAGUUUGUUCAAA